AUGAGGCCGCUGAUUGUGCUCGUGCGUCGCUUCGCCACAAAGCCGCCAUCCGAGAGGACCUGGUCUGUGCAAGCGCUACUCCGAGGCAACGGCGAGGAGAGCACGGGCAGCCACGAGGAUGCCAGUGCCACAGCAUCUCAAGCGCAGCAUGCUGUCAUUGACGACGCAGUGCUUGACCGGCUCAGUGCGCAGGCGUGCUUGCCACUUGACGGCGUUGACAGGGAGGCCCUCAAGACUGAUAUUUCUCGCACGCUGGCAUUCAUCGAACAAGUUCAGCUCGUGGACACAACCGGCGUCGAGCCCCUCGUCUCCCUCUCGGAGUUCAGUCAUGACCACUUGCGAGAGGACGCGCCAACCAAAGACAGUGCCGUGGACGUGCUCGCCAACGCACCAGAGAAGUUUCAGGACUUCUUCGUCGCCCCAAGAGAGUCUUACUUUCACGGCGCUGGAGAGGAUGCCGAGUUCUCGGGCGCGGAAGACACCAAAGCCCAUUCAGUGGUGAAGAUUGAAGGGCUGCGCGUGCUCAGGGACGCGCUCUCAACCGGGUGGUCGCCCACACUCAUCCUCACAACACACGACGAGACCGAUGCUGUGGGCAAGUUGCUUCUCAAGCACGGCAUCAACGACGCCCACAAGCGCGCCACCACCACCAACACCAGCAAGACCACGACCAACACCACCACCACCACCACCAACACCAACACCCACACCACCCACACCACCACCAAUACCAACACGCCGCUGCGCCUGUAUGCAGCGCCACGGAGCAUGGUGGAGUCUGUGAUGCGCCAACCGCGGCUGACCCCCGUCAUCAGCGUUGGUCCUGUCCCAUCACCACCGCCCGUGCCGCCGCCUCCAUCGUUCCCACCAGGCAUCACCCUCGCUGUAUCGGUUGCCUGCCAGGACCCAAACAACAUGGGCAGGUGA